AUGCCCCUAAGACUAACACUCCUGACACUAGGGACAUUGAUGGCCCCUCAGGUACUGCACCGCGUUAUCUACGGGUGUUCUGACCUUGAUCCCAACAACAAAACGCCGCCUAGGUUCCAACCGGCGGUGCUACACGGAUAUCGACGAUAUCGUGUACGAGACGAAGAAUACCCGGGGAUUGUAGCUGCAACAGAAACAGGGGAUGCAGACUCUGUUGGGGAUAGCCAGAUGUCUGUUCUAGGUACUCUCGUGUCAGGCCUAACAGACAGCGAUAUUCGUCUUCUUGAUGACUAUGAGGGCAGUGAGUACGUGCGGGAACGAAUAUUGGUGCGAACGGCAGAUAAAUCACUUGGUUUGGCCUCUUCUGGAGAGAAGGCCAGCGCGGAUAUGAGCCUGCUGCAUGCAUUUAAUACUGCAGAAGCCACGAACGAGGUCUCUGCUAUGGCGUAUGUGUGGGUGGCGGGAAGAGAGAGACUUGAGGAAGCGGAGUGGGAUUUCCAGACAUUCACGAGGGAUAAGUUGAGUUGGUGGGUUACGGAGCAUAUCCCCUGA